UUUCCUCAUUACGUAAAAAGACGAGGUAGCUACCCGCUGGUUUGGUUAUAAACGAGGUCGUGGUUUAGCAAUUUAACUAGCUACACCCUAACGUAUGCGCUUCAGCCUUAAAAUAAAUACCAAGCAUCUUUGUGCCUUUUUGUUGACAUGGAAUCUACAUCUAACAAUUACGAACGGAACUGUGUUCUGUGCUGUCAGGAGUUCGAGAUUUUCGCACUGGGAAAAUGUGAUCACCCGGUGUGCUACCGGUGCUCCACCAAAAUGAGGGUGCUGUGCGAUCAGAAGUACUGCGCUGUCUGUCGUGAAGAGCUCGACAAGGUGGUGUUUGUUCAGCAGCUGGUGGCAUUCUCCUCCCUGCCUCUCCAGCAGCUUCAGGUGGAGAGGAAGCAUGACAUCUACUUUACCGAUGCUAAGAUCUACACUCAGUUCAGGAGACUGCUGCUGUCAGAGUGUCCUGUCUGUCCAGAGACUAAAGUCUUCUCCAAGUUUGAGGAGUUGGAGCAGCACAUGAGGAAACAACAUGAACUUUUCUGUUGUAAACUCUGUUCUAAACACCUCCAGAUCUUCUCCCAUGAGAGGAAGUGGUACAACCGCAAGGAUUUGGUGCGUCACCGCACACAGGGGGACCCUGACGACACGUCUCACCGCGGACACCCGCUCUGCAAGUUCUGUGAUGACCGUUACCUAGACAACGAUGAACUUCUGAAACACCUUCGUAGAGACCACUACUUCUGCCACUUCUGUGAUGCUGACGGAGCCCAAGAGUACUACAGUGACUACCAGUACCUUAGUGAACACUUCCGUGAGGCCCACUACCUGUGUGAAGAGGGGCGCUGUGCCACAGAGCAGUUCACCCAUGCUUUCAGGACAGACAUUGACUACAAGGCCCACAAGGCAUCAGCACAUAGCAAGAACCGCGCUGAGGCCCGACAGAACCGCCACAUUGACCUGCAGUUCACCUACGCCCCGCGACAGGCCCGGCGAAACGACGUUGGCAUGGUGACUGGGGAGGACUAUGAGGAGGUGCGGUCGGGUCGAGGAGGAAGGGGAAGGAGCCACGGUGGCCAGCAGAACAGCAGGGGCAGCUGGAGAUACCACCGGGAGGAGGAGGACAGAGAGGUGGCAGCAGCAGUCAGGGCCUCUAUGAUACAGCUGAGAAGACAGGAAGACAGAGGAGCACCACCACAGGAGAGGAGUGGUCCAGUCAAGCACCACAAGGAGGACCGGAUGGAGCGGAUGGAGCGACCUGAACGGAUGGAGCGACCUGAACGGAUGGAGCGACCUGAACGGAUGGAGCGACCUGAACGGAUGGAGCGACCUGAACGGAUGGAGCGACCGGAGCGGAUGGAGCGACCGGAGCGGAUGGAGCGACCGGAGCGGAUGGAGCGACCGGAGCGGAUUGAGAGAAUGGAGACAGAGGACAGACACAGGAGUGGUCUGACCAAACCGUCACAAGAUGGUCCUCCAGUGAGGACCAUGAAGAGCAGCCCCUUAACAGGAGACGAUUUUCCAGCUUUACUGGGUGCAGCGGCAUCCCAGUCCCUGAGCGUUAUGCCCCCUCCUGCCCCAAAGACCCAAACUGCUCUGAAAGAGGAUGACUUCCCCAGCUUGUCUGCUGCCAUGUUAACCAGCCCCAUGACUCCUGCCUACUCCGGCCAGCCCAGGAAGAACUCUUCCUUCCAGGAAGAAGACUUCCCCGCUCUUGUUUCUAAGAUCCGCCCUUCCAGACCUGUGGGUGGAGCUAUCUCAGCCUGGAGCCAAGCCAGCUGCAGCAACUCAAAGACAGUCACCCUGCCCUCCUCUUCCAGACCUCCACCUAACAACCCCCCUCUUCCUCUACCUUCCGGUCUCCAGCCAUUGUCUUCUUCCUCCUCUUCCUCUCGAAGGAAAAAGCCUGCUGCUCGCCGCCCUUCACCCCCCUCUGAUGAUGAUUAUGGUGACGCGAAGACGAUGCAGGAACACCGUUCAGUUCCCACCAUGUUGGAUAUCUCCUCUCUCCUCACUGCCUCUAAGCCCUCCCCCGCGGCCUCUAAGCCCUCCCCCGCGGCCUCUAAGCCCUCCCCCGCGGCCUCUAAGCCCUCCCCCGCGGCCUCUAAGCCCUCCCCCGCGGCUUCUAAGCCCUCCCCCGCGGCCUCUAAUCCCACUCAUAACCCCACCACCAAGACAGCCAAGAAGAAGAAACCGCAACAGAUCACAACCCCUUCAUCAUUAUCAGGGAACCCAGUUCCUGUCCCCGUGGAAACAGUCUCUAGGGUGCAGAAGGAGAACGUUCCCGAGAGCCAUGUGCCAAAACCGCCGGUUACCAUGACUACAUCUGCAGUGAAAACAGUGGGUAAAGCCAGCAGCCUGGCUAAUGGCCAUCUGGAUAAGCCAGUCACAACAACCCCCCUCCCCAAUGCCCAGUCUGACCUCCCUCUGGAUUUGGAGGAGUUCCCCGCCCUCAUCACCAAGAAACCCCCUCCUGGAUUCAAGAGUUCUGCCCCCAGCAGCCUCCUGCUCCCCCCUCCACCUGGCCUGGGCAUCGCUGCUCCUCCUCCCAGUAAACCCCCCCCUGGCUUUACUGGUAUUCCCCUCAACAGCAACGUGGUGGAGCUGCCCCCCCCUGCACCUAGCCCUUGUCUUCCCCAAUCCCCCGGGGUCUACCUGGUUCCAGAGAACUUCCACCAGAGGAACAAGGAGCUGAUCCAGUCCAUCAGGAACCUCCUGCAGAAUGAUGAGACACGCUUCAACCAGUUCAAGGAGUACUCUGUACAGUUCAGACAGGGUUUGAUGUCCGCGCCCCUGUAUCAUCUGAGCUGUAAGGACCUUUUAGGGGAGAACUUCAUUCGUAUCUUCAACGAGCUGCUGGUUCUGCUGCCUGACACUGGAAAACAGCAGGAGCUGCUGACGGCCCACGCUGACUUCCGGUCAAUGGAGAAGCAGGGGGGAGCUGGAGGGGGCAGGGCCCGGAAAAGUAAGAAGAGUGCCUGGCAGACCCCCUCCACUGCCAACGCAGCAGAGCUAGACUGCCAGGUCUGCCCCACCUGCUGCCAGGUACUGGACCCCAAAGACUUCAACUCCCAUAAGACUUUGCACCUGGGUGAAAAUGAAGACUUUCCAUCUUUGCAGGCUGUCAGCCGCAUAAUCAGUUAACCUCUCACCCUUGGCCCAGGAGAAACCUGCCCACUGCUCAAUCACAGCCCUCUGUGUUGCUGUGCAGGGAGGAUCCCAUUGUCAUGUUGACUGCCAGAGUAGCUGGGUAGAGUAGUUGGAGAGGCUGGAGGUCAGCGCGGGAUGAACUAAGAAUCUGACAGAUGUUGACUCCCGCUGUGACUCUGGCUGGACCUUGACAACAGACUAACGUUACACAUUACUUGAAAAGUACCAAAUGUUGUGAAUUAAUAAGAAUCAUUCUAUUCCUUCUAUCUCGUUUUUCUCUUUUCUUCAUCUCUUCACAUUUCCAUCAGGUUGAUACUGUAUUAAGAGUGCCGCUUUAGUUCUUUGAUCAAGUUUGUUGACAAAGGAGCAAUGUUAAGAAGUUGAACCACAUACAGAUAGUUUUACUCCCGAGGUAGCAGUUAUACUCCUGGUUAAAAGUUGACCUUCUAUACCAGGGAUGUGGAGGCUAGGGGGGUGUGUACUGAUGGUUCAGAUGUAUGGCUUUAUGUAGCCUUAUUUAUCCCUUCUUUCUAAACCACAACCCUCCAUCAGUCUGUAAAUUGGAACAGUUCUAUUUGCCCGAUUUUGAUUAAAUGGCUUCCUGGUAUGAU